AUCGGUUUAUUAUUAUCUCACACAUUCUCAGCCAAUCAAAUUGAAGUGAAGAAGACCUGCCCACUUUCGAACCAAUCAACGAGGAGUAGUGUGGAAUGGCGUGAAGGUCGACUUAUUGCACGCUAAACCGAACAACGUCGACAGAUAACGGAACAAUUUCUCCUGAAACACACAGAAAAUAUUUUCCCUUCACUUCCAUUACUCGUAAUUAAUUGUCUUCCAUCUUUGAAAAAUGUCUACGAAGAUGAAGGAAGCAAAAAAAUGGAAUGUUUCUUGUUCUCAUAUGGCUGAACAAUCUGUUAACCCCAUUCGUAACUUGGUUGACAGUAUGCACAUUACACCAAAUCCUGACAAAGAUAUGAUUGCACUGUCAAUAGGAGAUCCCACUAUAUUUGGAAAUCUACCAUACUGUGAAACAGCCGAGAAUGCUGUAAUUGAAGCUAUAAAAGGCAGAAAAUCAAAUGGUUACACAGCUUCAGUAGGUUAUGAGAGUGCAAGAACUGCUAUAGCAGAAUAUUCAUCUACACCCACAUCAGAAGUUUCAGCUAAGGAUGUGAUAUUGUGUAGUGGUUGUUCCAGUUCUUUAGAUCUGUGUAUUAGUUGUUUAGCUAAUCCUGGCCAGAAUAUAUUAAUACCAUUACCCGGAUUUUCUAUAUAUAAAACAUUAGCUGAAUCACUGGGCAUUGAAGUCAGACAUUACAAAUUAUUGCCUGAAAGAAGUUGGGAGGUAGAUUUAGAUCAUAUUGAGGAGUUGAUAGAUGAUAAUACAGCAUGUAUUAUAGUUAAUAAUCCAUCUAAUCCAUGUGGAUCAGUGUACAAUAAAAAACAUCUACAAGAUAUACUAGAAAUAUGUCAACGUAAUAAACUCCCUGUUAUUGCUGAUGAAAUUUAUGAACAUUUUGUAUUUUCUGGUGCUAAGUAUUAUCCUUUGGCUUCAUUAACAGAUUCUGUACCAAUAUUGUCAUGUUCGGGACUAACAAAGAGAUUUCUGGUACCCGGAUGGAGAAUGGGCUGGGUUAUUGUACAUGACAGGAAUGAUAUCCUGAAAGAUAUAAAACGAGGAUUGGUGAAGCUUUCACAGAGAAUACUUGGACCAAAUACUUUAGUACAAGCAGCUAUUCCAACUAUAUUAAAAGAGACACCAACAGAUUUCUUUACAGAAACACUUGUACACAUGAAGAAUAAUGCUGAUACGUUCUAUUCCCGUUUGUCUGCAAUAAAUGGUUUAACACCAGUAAUGCCACAUGGAGCUAUGUAUAUGAUGGUUGGAAUUGAUAUAAAGACAUUUCCAGAAUUUCCAACAGAUAUAGAGUUUGUUGAAACUUUGGUCAAAGAACAGAGUGUAUUCUGUCUUCCCGCAAGUUGUUUUCAGUAUCCCAACUUUUUCCGUAUAGUGCUAACAGUUCCUGAAACAAAGGUGGAUGAGGCUUGUAAUAGAAUACAAGAAUUUUGUAAGAAAUAUUAUGCUGCACCGAAUGGUAUGAAUGGUCAUGCAUAAAGUAUUCUGUUUCAAACAGAUGGUGUAAAAAAUAAAUCUUUAAUAUUCAGUAUUUUGGUACCUGCUUAUAAGUUUAUGUAAAAAAGCAGUUUUAGAUAGCCCCUUGAUCUGAUAAUCAAUAUGUUGAAUAGGAUAUCAAUACUUGAUCUCAAAUAUUUUUGUAGCCAGCAUUGGUACAUGCUAUUCAGGUACCAUAAUCAUGAUCUGUAUCUUAAUCUUUAGGAAAUUUAAAUUCCUUUUAUAUUAUAUUCAUGUAGCUCAUUUGAAAAAAGAUGUAAUUUUAUUCCUGACUGUUAUUUUAGUGAUAAUUAAUUUUAAAUUACAUUGUGUUGAGAUACUAAAAUGGAGGGGGGAGGGAAAUGUAGCAAUUGUGUAUAAAUAACCCAUUUUAAUCCAUAAUAUUUGACUUUGUGCUUCCUAAUUUUAUUGAUUUAAUAUAUUUUUCUCUACUAAAAAUAUUAUGAAUGGUUGUGGAGUUAUUGUUAAAUCUUUGUGCCUUAUACUGACAAGUAUUAAUAUGACAAAGUAUUAAAGAUAUAACUUCAUAAUUUAUUGGUGCUCAAUAAUCCUUUUCUUUAUAUAAAUUUAACAGAAAAUAAGGCUAUAGUAAUCUAGACCUUUAAAACAAGAUCACUAUUGAUAGAAAUAAAUGAUCUGUUAGGUGUUUAGUAACCAUAAAGAUUUGAAGUGUGAAUUUGUCAGAAAGUAGUGUGAAAUUCAGAUGAUUGUAACUUAGGAUUGAUCAAGUUUAGUAAUUUUUGGACAAAUGAGCUUUUUAAUUAAGACAACUAAUUAUUGUGUAUGUUAUGAGAGUCUACCUUUUAUCAUUACGGAAGUGCCUCAAUUAAGUAUUCUUUUAAAAUUAUAUGCAAAUUUACUGUUUACAGAAAUAUAAAAAGAAAAAUUUGAAUUUUAUUAGAUUAUGGUAGCUAAUGAUGAUUUGGUCACCUCACUAUAGAAUAUUCAUUUAUUAAAGCAGCUAAUAUCUACAAUUAUUUAUUUGAAUAUUUAAUCAUAUUAUACUCUCAUACUACAAAGAGUGUAUUAGCUUUAAUAUUAUUAUCAGUAUAGCUUUAGGUUUAACUUUUGUUAAUUAAUAUUAUAUAUAUUGUGUUGUUAAGUUUUGUUUUAAAUAAGAUAACUAUGAAGGAUAAUAAUUAAACGAAACAAUAGGUUUAUUCCAAGUUUGUGUGCAAAUUCAAAAUUUUCAAAGAACUUUGUUUUGUUAAGACAGGGAUAAGAGAACAAUAUAAAAGAUAAUGACUAGUGAAAUAUUGUUGAUACCUCAUGUGUAUGUAAAUUAGCGAUUGUUAUUCAUAUAACUGUGUUGUGUUAUAUUAUGUUCCGUCUCUAAAUGUCAUUCAAAGAUUAUAAUAAAAAAGAUGUUUUUAUCAACCAAUUGAGGUGUUAAGAAAAGCAAUUGAUAUUUUGUCUGUCUUAUAUUAGAACAUCAUCAUAAUCUAGUAUUCCAGUAUACUCAAACAAUGUGUUUAUGACAGAGGGUAAAUAUUAUUUAUCAUAAAUGUACAUAUGCUUUAGCUAACCUAAUGUCAGCUAAAUAAAGUAUGUUGACAAAUUAAAAUGUAUUUAAUUGAAAAAAAAAUGAAGAAAAUUAAUAACAAACAAAGACUAAUGAAGCUUGGUUAAUUGGACAUUAAAUGAUAAAUCUUACAUAUCUUUCGGAUACAGAUUCUAAUCAUCUUAACUCAUUUAGUUUUACAAGACAGUAAACUAAUUGUUUGACUAUUUUUCAAUUUGCACAUAUAUUGGGAAUACACCUUUAUAUCUCAUAAUAUUACCGGUUAUUAUACUACAGAUCUGAUUUAUUUAUUAAUAUUGUAAUGAUAUUUAUUAUUCACGAUAAGGCAAUAAAAAAGAGAUGACCAGAAUAUAUUUUUGUUUGCAUUUAAAUGUUAGUGAAUCUCAAUUAAGAAUGAGAAAUGUUGACUUGCUUUUGAAAAUAAUACACUUAGCAAACUAUUAACAAUAAAAAAUAAUACAAAUAUUUUUAUAAUUUUCAUAUACACAUGAAACAGUAUAAUUCCAUGUCAGUUCCUUAAUAAUCAUUAUUCAGCCAUCAAGAUUGAUAUUAAUUAGUGCCAAGAGAUAUUAUUAUGUGGUAGCUAUGAAAAAUGUGAUCAUUCCUAAUUUUAAUACUACAGAAAACUAAUAACUGUAGCAAUAAGACAUAUCAAAUAUGUAUAUUUAUUUUUAUAGAAUAUUUAUAUACAAGAAAUGGUAUAAGUAGAUAUAUUUCUUUUUAGACAAUAUUUAGACAUUUGAAAUUAUAAAUAGCAGACUAAAGGGAGAUAACUUUUGCACAACCCAUGGUUUUUUCCUAAGGUGAACAACUGUGGUUUUAGCUGCAUUUAGAUCAUUAUCUAAUUAAUAAGAUAAAAUAUAUCGUAAAAUGUAUAGUUUACAUUAUAUCAAACUCAUUAUGAAUUCCUUAGAACAGAGUCUCUUUUCAUUUAUCAUUGAUCUUGGAGAAUAAAGGGAGAUAAUUGGAUAAUGUCCCCUAUUUUGCCACAGAUAUGACUUAAAUGUCAAUUCUUCUUUUUUUGCCUUGACAUAACUUUUCCUCAAAUUUUCAUUGUACUGAACUCUUUCCACCAUAGAUGUAGCAUCAUGUGUCAGCACCUUGCCAGUAUGAGGCUGAUCAUAGAACUUUUGUAAUACACAAAGAGUUACUAUUUUUUAAUUGUGAUUUAUGUUAUGGAUAAGAUAAAAAAAAUUGUUAUUUCUGUGUAAAUAUUUUGUAUAUAAUACAGUAUUACCGGUGCCUUGUGUGGAUAUACAUUUAUUACAUAAUUCUAUAUAUUAUCAUAAUUUUGAGGGAAUGUUUUAAUUGCUAGUCUGUGCUGUUUGGGAUAAUAUGCAAUAUAUAACAGGAUUAUUUUUGUUUUGAAUAUAUUUGAAUAGUAUUAUAUAUACACUUAUUAUGCUUGAAUAUGUAUAACUUGUUUUAACAAUAAAAAAAAGAAUUCACAAAUUUA